GUUAGUGACGCCGCAGCAUCAUCCGGCGGAACGGAACACCGAGGACCGAGCAUCCUUUUCUUGCGAUUAAAAGUGAUUUCUACGAUCGGAGAGGAAACGCCAGAAUGGGUCGCAGAAAGUCAAAGAGAAAGCCACCUCCCAAGAAGAAGAUGACUGGAAAUUUGGACACCCAGUUUACCUGUCCCUUCUGUAACCACGAGAAGUCUUGUGAUGUGAAAAUGGAGAGAACUCGAAACACAGGAAUUAUAUCCUGCAGCGUUUGUUUGGAGGAGUUUCAGACCCCUAUAACAUAUCUGUCAGAACCAGUGGAUGUUUACAGCGACUGGAUCGAUGCCUGUGAAGCAGCCAAUCAAUAGUGAAGUUUUCCUUCAACCUCAAUGUUGGACUUUUCUCCAGUUGCUGAUCCAGUCUAGUGAAUCUACAACAUAUAUUGGUCACAGUGUAACUAACCAACAGACCUGUAACUAUAUUGGUUUUCUCUCACGGAUGAGAGCACUGCCUCAAUCCACUUCUGUGUAUUUCACAUCAUAAGACUAAACCAGGGGUCGGCAACCCAAAAUGCUGAAAGAGCCAUAUUGGCCCAAAAAUACAAAAAACAUACCUGCCUGGAGCCGCAAAAAAUGAAAAGCCUUAUAUAAACCUAAUAUGAAGGCAACAUAGGCUGUCAGUAUAUUAGCUGUAUAAGCCUACUAUUAAAAUGACUAAGUAGGCUACAAAUACAAAAUGAGCUUUCAUGAUUACCCAAACCCCUUUUGCGACCCUCUCAUACUCGGUGCGCCGUCUGUAGCCACUGAAAUCAGGUGGUUAGUGUUUAUUCCUUUGUCAUUUAGGCCCUGUUUACACGUACAGGUAUUUUUAAAAAACGGAGACAUUUCCCUUCGUUUGUUCACAUUGUUUACACGAAAACGGCGAGUUCACCUCUGAAAACAAAUCUUUCUAAAAACUCUGGCUAGAGUGGAGAUUUUGGAAAACUCCGGUUUCACGUUUGCGUGUAAACUGAGAUAAACGGAGUUUUAGGAGCUGACGCGCUGAAAGUGCGACCGACGUUUACCUGUUGCUUUGACGACGAUGACGGAAGCAUUCAGAGCAGCAGUCGCAUUUCUUCUGAUCGUGCAUAGGAGCACUCAUAAAACAGCAGCAUGUACAACUUUGUACGCAACUCACCGCACCACACCGCUCGGAGCAGAAGCUCUGAGCUCGGGCAACAGCGCCAAACACACGGGGCAGUCAGCGCGCAGCCCCUCAAGACGGGGCUGGGGGUCCAGUGUUGGUCAGAUUGUCCGGAGGCUUCGUCCUCCAUGUCCUGGUUCCAGACAGGGGCGAGCAAGACCAGGGCGCAAAGGACUGGGUCUGAGUGCUUCAGUGCUGUCAUCUGUGCGCUGGUUCCGUGCGGGAAAAGCGAGAAUGCGCUGUGGACCACAGGUCCGGGCAGUCUGCUCUGGUCCUCCGUGCUCGACCACGGCUGGUUCCGAGUUGGUGCAAAGCAUCCGGAUAGAAGCGUGAAUCCAGUUUGGUUCGUUAUAUGUUGUUCUGAGUGGUCCGUCUGUGCACAUGUUUUUUUGUUUUUGUUUUUCGGGUAAAGCGCUUCUCAGGUGGAGGCACCGGACACCACCCCCCGCUUCAGCUCAUCUAUUUGUUCUGCUGAAACACUUUUCAUGUGUUUCAUUUGCACACAGCUGAUGGAUCAAUCCAUGACCAGAGAUGAAUGAGGGUUUUACCCCUAAAGAAACCAUAUUAAAACAACAACCAAAAAAAUCAUUCCUUUUCCAUUUUUGAAAAAGCUUCAGGGAGCCACUAGGGGAGUGCUAAAGAGCCGCAUGUGGCUCUGGAGCCGCGGGUUGCCGACCCCUGGACUAAACCUUGUAUCUGGGACCUGGGCAGAGCAAACUAAACUCAGGUCCAGGAAAUCAGCAGUAUUUCCUUCUUUGUCAGUGAUUGGGCACAUGCACACCUAAAUAGGAAGUAGGAAGUUUCCAUGACGAUUUACCUCAUUAGAAAGUAAGACCGUGACCAUUUGCAUUUCACAUUAUACGUCAGUUAACUUCAUACUAUGUCCACAGGUAUUUGUUGUAGGUAUAAACACACAAAAGAAAUGAUUAGUUUGUCUUUAUCUUCUUCAAAGUUACAGUUUGUAUUUGAUAAUCAAACGUACUUGCAUUCCUUUUGCCAAUGCAUUUUUUUUUUAGAACUUUGUCUUGUCCAGUUUUCUUCUCUUUUCAUUGAAAUGCUUCUUUUUCAACAAUUGAGUGAAUUUUGUAGUAAUGAAAAUACAGUAUUAAA